UUCCAUUCUCAGCACGGGAAUCGCCGACAGUGAAUCGUUGACGAGGAGUCGUUUAAUCGAUGCUUUAUUUUUUUUAUUUUCUUGUCUGUCCCGUCCGCCACCAUGAACCCGUUAACCCAGGUGCGCCGGGUGAACGCGAUGAACGCGCGCGAGGCGGCGCAGGGCGUGAGCGAGGCGGCGUCGUGGCACGCCGACUACCGCGGCAGCGCCUGGGUCUUCGUCGGGGGGCUCCCGUACGAGCUCUCGGAGGGCGACAUCAUCUGCAUCUUCUCGCAGUGAGAGACGGACAGGCACAGCACUGCACAGCACAGCAGAGGUACGGGGAGGUGGUGAACCUGAACCUAGUGAGGGACAAGGCCACGGGGAAGUCCAAGGGCUUCGCCUUCAUCUGCUAUGAGGAUCAGCGCAGCACCAAUCUAGCAGUGGAUAAUUUCAACGGCAUCAAGAUCAAGGGCCGCACGCUGCGCGUGGACCACGUCUCAGAGUACCGCGUCCCCAAGGACCACACGGACACCGAUCCAGUCACCCGGGCCCUGCGCGAGCACGGCUGUGGGCCCCUGGUUCCCACCCCUACCGCCACUACCCCCAGCGAGACCCCCAGUGAGACCCCCAGCGAGACCCCUUGCCCCGGGGGAUCGUCCAGGUCGCGCAGUGACACUGACGAAUCGCCCCGGAGGAAACGCAAGCACGGAGACGGAUCCCACGAGAAGAAGCAGAAGCAGAAGAAGAAGAGGAAGAAGGAUAAGAAACUAAAGAAGAAAGUCAAGAAGACACGGGCAGAUGAGCAGGAGGAGGAGGAGGAGGAGCAAGAAGAGGAGGAGGUCCUUGAAAUCAAACCUCCCUCUGUCCAUGUGAAAAUUGAGAAGUCGGACCCCGGAUACGAAAAAGCAGCCAUGGGGAGACGCGGGGAGAGGCACGGGGAGGGCGACAGGGAUGGACAUAGGGACGGGCAGGGACACGGGGGGAGCAACAAGAGGGAUAGGCAGGGCGCUGUGGAGAGGAGAGUGAAGAUGGAGAAAGGGAGUGAAGGCGAGAGGGAGACAGGUGGUGAAAGGGAGAGACAAAGUUACGGUGAGAGGGAUAGAGAGGUUGCGAGGGAAAGACAGAGAGACAGUGACAGACAGAGAGGUGAGAGGGAGAGGCAGAGAGAUGGUGAGACGGAGAGGCAGAGGGAUGGUGCGAGACAGAGCGAUGAGAGGGAUAGACAGAGAGACGGUGAGUGGGAGAGAAGGAGACAUGAUGAGAGACCGAGAGAUGAUGAGAGACAGAGAGAUGGUGAGCGACAGAGAGAUGGUGAGCGACAGAGAGAUGGUGAGCGACAGAGAGAUGGUGAGCGACAGAGAGAUGGUGAGAGACAGAGAGAUGGUGAGAGGCAGAGAGAUGGUGAGCGACAGAGAGAUGGUGAGCGACAGAGAGAUGGUGAGCGACAGAGAGAUGGUGAGAGACAGAGAGAUGGUGAGAGACAGAGAGAUGGUGAGCGACAGAGAGAUGGUGAGCGACAGAGAGAUGGUGAGCGACAGAGAGAUGGUGAGCGACAGAGAGAUGGUGAGCGACAGAGAGAUGGUGAGCGACAGAGAGAUGGUGAGCGACAGAGAGAUGGUGAGAGGCACAGGGAUCAUGGUAGGGAGAGAGUCACAGGGCGAGACAUGGAGAGAGACAAUAAGAGGGGCAAGCAGAAAGAGAGAGAGAGAUGGUGAGAGGGAUAAACCGGAAUUACAGUCGGGAGAGAAAUGGACAGAGGACUACGAAGAAAGACACGGGGAGAGACAUGGAGUGGGACAGGCAGGGAGACAAGAGACAGUAUGCUGACGCCGCAUCCUCACGGCUUGCCAACUGACGUUACAUGCAGUGAACGAGCAGAGGCGCGUGGAGGUGGCACUGCGUCUUCACAUCAAAUGUGCGUGGUGAACGAUUGGAAAUGCUUGUAGAUGACACGGGAAUGCUGCAUCCUCACGGCUUACUGAUUUACUGUCCCGUGCGAUGAACGAGUGAAGACGUGUGGAGGUGACGCAGUGAAGCCGCGUUUUCACUGCGUGCUGACGACCGUCAUGAGUGAUGACCGAGUAGGAGACUUGUGUAGGUGAUGCGGGGAUGCUGCGUCCUCAUCGCUUACUGACGUCACGCGCGAUGACCGAGCAGAGACGCGUGUACGCGAUGGCGCAUCCUCAUGGCGUUACGAAUCCUUUAGUUUUAUUUAAGGACCAUUGCCUUUUUUUUAUAAAAAGUUUGAGCAAAU